CGCUGAAACCGGAAGUUGUUGGUACAUUGCUGCAAAAUAGAUGUCCGAGCUAAUGUAGCUGUAGCCGAAUGAAUGGAUGCUCACCUCUUCAAGAUGACAUAAACUUUUAAUCUCAAACCUCAACUCUGUCUUCCACGUUUUCCCGCCUCGGCUGGCCAGGGUACCAUGGCAACAAGGAUGAAGCUGAAGCUGAAGACGGUGUUUGUGCUCUACUUCAUGGUCUCGCUGCUUGGCCUUGUCUAUGCUCUGAUGCAGCUUGGUCAGCGCUGCGACUGCUCUGAGCAUGACUUGCCUAAAGACCGUACCAUAUCACGGCUGCGAGGGGAGCUGCACCGUCUUCAGGAGCAAAUGAGGAACUCGGAGGCUACCAAGAAACCACAGAAACCUAUAACUAAUCCCACCAUCUUUGUCAUCACCCCGACUUACGCAAGGCUGGUGCAGAAGGCCGAGCUGACGCGUCUGUCGCAGACCUUCCUCCAUGUUCCUCAGCUGCACUGGAUUGUGGUGGAGGACUCGCCACACAAGACACCGCUGGUGUCCGACCUCCUGGUGAAGAGUGGCUUGACCUACACACACCUACACAUGCCCACCGCCAAGGACCGCAAACUGCAGGAGAAUGACCCCAGCUGGCUGAAGCCUCGUGGGGUGGAGCAGAGGAACGAGGGACUACGGUGGCUCAGAGAGGACAGAAGGGCUCAUCCCGGAGGAGACAACCAGCAGGGAGUGGUCUACUUUGCCGACGACGAUAACACAUACAGCCUGCAGAUAUUUGAAGAGAUGAGGAGUACCGAGCGAGUGUCGGUGUGGCCGGUGGGGCUGGUUGGAGGGAUGAAAUAUGAGAGGCCUGUGGUCGAAGGAGGAAAGGUGGUUCGUUUCCACACCGGUUGGCGUCCGAGUCGUCCCUUCCCAAUGGACAUGGCGGGCUUCGCCGUCUCCCUCAAGCUGGUGCUGGCCAAUCCAGAGUCCUGUUUCGACGGCGAAGCACCGAUGGGCUUCCUGGAGAGCAGCUUCCUGCAGGGACUGGUCACCAUGGACGAGCUGGAGCCCAAAGCAGACAACUGCUCUAAAGUGCUUGUGUGGCACACACGGACAGAGAAGCCCAAGAUGAAGAGGGAGGAGGCUCUGCAAGCUCAGGGUCUGGGCUCAGACCGUGCAGUGGAGGUCUGAGGAACACACACACACACACACACACACACACACACACACACACACACACACACACACACACACACACACACCCUGUACUCCGCUGUAUAAUGCUGCACAUGUAACUGCGUUGUAAAUACUGUAAAGCAGGAACACAUAUCUGUUAGAGGAGUGUUAUCUUUUGUGUCCGGUAGUUAAUGUACGUGUGUGUAUAUAUUGAGUGAGUGUGUCAUCACAACAGUGUAUGUUAGUGUAUGUAUCAGGUUUUAUUUUAUUAUAGUGAGUUAGCGACUUUGUCCAGCAGUCCAGUGGAGGAUGAUUCUGGAGGUUGCCUGAUGGGGGCGCCACUUUUAAACCUUCCAAAGCCAUGCUGUUACACCUCCAGGUCGUUUCUCCCUCGCAGCUCAUUACAGAGGUCCAUGCUUAUAUCACUCACUUGUUUACUUGUGUUCAAUGUAAAUCCCGCAGUGUGACUCACUCCUGAUGGACAUUAGGUAUUUAGACGGCUGAGCUACUCCAGCCUCUGUUUCCAUUAGUGCAGCCUGAUUUCUGACCGGGGUACAGUUGUAACGGAGCACUUUAUUCUUGCAUGGCUUCUAUUACACGUGAUGGGUGUCUGUAAGUCUGUACUCAAUCAUAUGGAUGUGUGUUUACAUCCAACAAGGAGGUUAUGUUCUCAGUUUAGCUCGUUUUUGACAAUAAUUAUGGUAAAGAAGGCCAUUUCACAGACAUCACUAGUACAACGGCGGGUGAAAAAGACAACAAAGACAAACAAAGUAGGCAGCAAUUGUGCAUCAAAGCUGUACAGGCAAGAACGUGUUUAGCAAUUUUAUGGAAUAGGUACUGGCCUGACUGAAAGCUGUGGAAAGGGAUCUAGCUUGGGCAAAGGAAGAACCCAUUUACUUUAGAGCCAAUCUAAAUUAACGGGCGGAUAUUAUUUAGUUUUUAAAAGACCACAUGAGCUCUGGGAAAGCACAGACUUCCACUUAGGUCGUUUGUAUUGGAAAAAAUGAUGCAUGUAUCCAUUUCAGGGUUGGUCUCUAGAUCUUCUAUAAUUUUCCUGAGCCAGACAAGCAGAAAUGGUAACCUCGUUGGCGGCAGUAAAAGCCAUCCCCAUCAUAGGCAUGAUAAUAAUCUUUUAUGCAACCUGUCUAAUCAAAAUGCAUUUGCAAUCAAAGUACAGUAAUCGUAUUGUGGAGCAGAGGUGCAUUUCUUUACAGUUAAAUGUGCUAUAAUAAUAGAUAAUAGUUAUAUUAAUGAAGUUCUCACACACCUGUGUUACACACACGAGUGGUGCAACAACAACAACACAAACAUGGAGGAUACGUUUCCACACCCAGUGGUGUUAACGCUGGUUUUCACAACCGCUUGUUCUAGCCAGCGUUUUUAUAUGUAUAUUUUUAGUGAUGCUUUUUAAAAACAUAGGGCUUGUGGAAUCCAUUUAGGAGCCCUGAAUUAAGGGAUCAAUACUACUGAAACUCAUAGGAAUUAUAAUACAGUAUGCAAGAUAGCAGAUAGAAAACAUGGCGUGUUAUAUUUCCUCGCUGAUGACAAGAAAAAGACUUGAAUUUGCAUUUUAUAGGCAGGGAAUCCCUGGAACUUCACAGUAGCUAAAUAAAAUCACAGAUCAAACAAGUGCUGCGCAGCUCCUGCUGUAUGAUAGUGUAAAAACAGCUAGUGCCUGCUUUAGUUUAACUAGUGCCUGUAAGUCAUUUCUUUACUGGUGUAUUAUGUAUUUAUUAUUGUAAUAAUAUUGUUCUAUACAUUGUACAAUGUGAUAAUGUCCGUCAUUGACCUUGAAAAUAAACAAAAAUAAUGUAAAAAGUCA